AUGUUGCUUCGAUUUUGGGGUCUUCUCUCGGUUUUCUGUCUUUUCUCAACUGUUGCGCAAAACGCGACUUUGACAAGUGAUAAUGCUACAACUGUCGAGAACGAUUCCACUUCCAAGGUUAGUUUGAGGAUCUCAAUAAUUUGUAAUCAGAAGCAAAUUCGAGCAGCCAUCCACAACAGCAGGAAACGAAUUUGUUACUACACCACCUCAUGUAUUUUCUUGAUACUUAAAAAUGACAUGUCAAUUUUUAGGACUGGCAACAGUUUUGCCAAAACAUUUAUUGGAAUUUCAGAUAUAACAUCAUUGCAACGUACAAUAAGGUUUGUUUAACUGUUUCUUAUAUUGAAAGCAUACAUAAUUUAGUACUUGCAAAAUAUCUGCCCAACAACCGGCCAACAAUCAUUUUUCGCCACGGAAGUAAGACACCUUAUUUUUCAUUAAAUAGGCGAUAAAUUUUAGCAAUGGGCUAUGGCGUGCCAGGGAGAAAGAACAGAAAACGGAUUCAGGAUGAUUCCCACCAGACAAAGUCUUGAAGUGAGUGUGAAAAACUAUAAGGAUUUCUUAGACUUUCAGAUCCUGCUUCUUAUUUGCGGACAAAUGCAGUACUACUACUUGGAUGAUGUUGAGCAGGUAUUCAUUAUCAUUUCUAAUUAUAUCCUUGCAUAAUUCUCCCAUAUUCAGAGUGUCUGCACUGCUGCUUACUACACUGGCGGAGUUUCGGAGAACACUAUCCCUCUUAUCAGGAAAUCACUGUGCAUGUAG